AUGUCAGGGUUCAUUCAGAGCACGCUGCUUGGUCUGGGUGAAGGUUAUUUGCAGGACCAUUAUGAAGAGUUCGCAGGAGAACAUUUUCAACCAACUAGCGAUCCAUUUUAUGAAACAAACAAAGACGGGAAAAGGCACCGCCGCAGAUUGCCAUAUUAUUGCACUAAAGAUGAGACGAAAGCGUGGAAGAAAGUUCAAAAUAAGGCAUGGUUGCAUGACAAAUCGGUGUGUGGAUGCUGCUGCUGGACAAACUCCAUAGGUUGGGCGCCAUUACUUGCGCUUUUGCCAGUUAUAGGACCCUUAUUGAUGUAUUGGGUGCACGAUAAAUUAAUCGAACUGGCAGAUGAUAGAUACAAACUACCCACUGAAAUUAAGGUUAAAAUGCAUGGUAAUAUUGUUAUUGAUCUACUCAUUAGUUUAGUGCCUAUUUUAGGAAGUGUUUUCGCAUGGUUACACGCGUGUUCCACGAGAAACGCGGCCAUUGUUUAUAAUUUUGUUGGGAAAAGAGCCCUGGAAAGGAAACAAGCGGAGAUGAUGCAUCAGGCAAAGGAAAGCGAGAAACACGCUAAUGUCAAUACAGGUCCAGCGGCGAGUGGUAACGAGAAUUUGAAUUUGAACGCGGUUGGAAACAAUGCUAAAGUCUACAACAGGCCGCCGGUGACGGCUCCACCUGCGGCAGCAUACACGCGAAACGCCAGCGCCCGUACCCAGAGAGGCUACAGGUGA